GUGUGUGUGUGUGUGUCUGGAAGUGGAAAUGGGCAGCAGGGAGGAGGAAUGUGAAACAUUUCUGAUGCUGGUCCAGUGGCUGUUUACACGGUAGUCAGCCCGUGACAUCAGAGUCCAGACUUUAUAAAUGUCAGCAGGCGCAAGAAUGAGCAGUUAGCAAACAGCUGCACUGGUCGCACCACACCGUCACACAGGUUAGUGAGACAGACUGAGCUCCAUCAACAACACAAGCCCCCAUGGACCGACUGCUGUGUGACUGUGCGAUUGCUGUGGCUGUACUGCUGUGUGCGGCGACACAGGUGUUGUGCCAGCUGUGUGACAGACCCUGCAUUUGCCCUGGUCCCCCCCCCCAGUGCCCCGUCGGGGUGCCUCUGGUGCUGGAUGGCUGCCGAUGCUGCCAGGUGUGUGCCAGGCAGCGAGGCGAGUCCUGCACCGAGAGGUUUCCCUGCGAUACCCAGAGAGGACUGCAGUGCGACUACAGCGCCAGCUUCCCUGGAAACCCUGGGGAGUGUGUCAGUCAGGAGGACCUGGGCUGUGAAGUCAAUGGCAUCACUUACCAUGAGGGCCAGUCGUUUCAGCCCUCCUGUGACACUUACUGCUACUGCAGAGGCGGAGGUGUGACCUGUGUGCCGGCUUGUCCCCUGACUGGCCGUCUCCCCACUCCAGACUGUCCCAACCCACAAUUUGUCCGGCUACCGGGGAAAUGCUGCAAGGAAUGGGUGUGUGAAAACCUCGAGAACACGGUUAUUCAGGAUGCUAUCACAGCCAUGAGACCCGACAGGUUGUGGCACACUCUAUCAAGGGAUCACCCUCUAAACAGGCUGGUCCAACCUGCCUCCACCUGUAUAGAACAGAGCACCCAGUGGAGCGCCUGCUCCCAGAGCUGUGGGGCUGGUGUCUCCACGCGGGUGUCCAACCAGAAUCCUGCCUGCAAGCUACAAAUGGAAACUCGACUUUGCAAGGUGCGACCGUGCAAUGCAGUUAAGCCAGCCCCCAGGAAACCCAUGUGGGGACAGCAGGGGCAGUGCAAAGCCAGCUACACGUCACCAGGGCCCAUUCGGCUCGUUCACCAGGGCUGUUACAGCACUCGGGCCUACCAGCUCCGGUACUGCGGACAGUGCACCGACUCUCGCUGCUGCACACCUUACCAAACCACCACUGCUGAGGUGACCUUCCACUGCCCCUCUGGCAGACUGCUACAGCGAGCUGUGAUGAUGAUCCACUCGUGCAUAUGUCACAACAACUGCCCCUACGCGCCGUUCAGAAAUCCUGCUUUUUGGGCGUACAGGCCCUGAUCAGCCUUUAUGAGAACUGCAUGAGAACAGUAAGACUUCACUGACUGAUACAGGGAACCGAACAGUGAGAGAAACCUUAUGUAUCAUCAGGUGGAUCCACAAAGGCAUCCUCUGAUUGAUGGACCUUGAAAGCGAAAAUGAUCAUUGUAGAUAAAAACUGUGAUUGAGUUGGGAUGAAUGUGGAUCAUAACAAAUGGACGACCUCAGUCUGCACUUAUUCAUAAUUCCUUUACUCUCCUGCACCUUGGGAUGCUGUUAUUUUGCUGUUUAGCCUUUAUCCAAGAAUAUGAAUCAUUUUGGUGAAUCAAGCAAGAAAGCAAACUUUAUUUUGGAGAAUCAGAGAAGAUAAUACAUAAAACAAGGGUAAAUAAGUGUACAAACAGUAAUAGAAAUAAAUAAGACAAGGAAACAAGUGGGUUUUAAGAUUCUUUUUAAAGAUAUGCACUGAUUUUGCUUCUCUGAGACCUUUCCACUCAGAUAUCAGAGAGCACAACAACUUCUUUAAGCACAAAGGUGCAUGAUCAUGUACUGUCUCAUAGGUAAAAUGUAAAAAUUUAAAAAUCCUCAGUCUGCAAGGAGACAGGGAGCCAAUAGUGAGAAAGUAAAACGUGUGUGAUUAAUAGUUUUUGUAAAAAGUAGAGGUUGGGGUGUGACGCAAUUAAAACCGUGGUUGACUUCGUCUGUAAGUUGAAGUUGGAGUCUUCUAAUGUUCCUUAACUAGAAGAACAGGACUGAACCAGUCAUAUGUAGCUCAAAACUAUGUUAUGAUUGGAAGAAAUCCCAAGGAUUUUAAUUUUUUUUUUUUUUUUUACACUGGGUUUCAAAUUCUUUUACCAAGUGGGCCAGUUAAAUUUGAGUUUUGUAAAUUUGUCUACAUAAUGUAUCAUGGGCAAGACAAGGAAUUUUUUAUAAUUCUUAUAAUUUGAUGAUGAUUCCAAUACCUUAACUAUGAAUUGAGGACAGUUGACCAUGAUGUUAAUUUGGUCAUAAAUAUAGUUUUAAAGACAUAUUUACAUUGAUAACCAGCAACAUAUGAUGUCUUAAAGAACACAUUUCAGUGAAUUCAAAAUAUGUAUUUGUUUAAUAGAAAUUCCACAGUGUGACUCCAACCUUUGUGUUGACAGAUCUUGUUUUCUGACAUGAGCAAUGCAACCUUUAACUUGUAUAGUCUUAUUUGUGUGUAGUCAGAUGAUGUUGCACUUAUUUCUUCAUUUUCUGUUUUGCUGUAAAUAAUUCUGGACAGAUGUCUCUUAUGUAUAGUGAAAAAUGUCAAUAUUUUACAUAUGUUGUACUCUUUGUGAUUAUUGUGUUUAUAUUUUUUUUCAUUUCAUUACAGUAUUCACAGUUUUCUGUAGUUAUUUUGUACAUACUGCAGCUUUUUGUAUACCUUUUUGCAACAUUUCACUUCAUCACAAUUUUCUAAUUAUACCAAAUAUCAUGGCAACUUAUCCAGACGUUGAGAGGUUUUCAAACUAUGGUCCAAAAGUACACUUGAAUCAAUGAACUUCCACCCUCUCACAUCUUGGUCGAAUAUGCAACACACUUUUUUAUUUUUAAGUAUACUUCCUGUUAACGCCUGACAAAGCUUUCUGAGAAUGUCUCCAUCAGUGUAGGGUGGGGCACAAAAAGCAUAAGCAAUAAAUCGUCUUUGUUCAUCCUGUCACGUA